AUGAAAAAAUCAAAUCGUAAAAAAUUCAAAACAAAAAUUCAACAUAAUAUUAAAAAUGAUUUUUUUGAUAUUUAUAAUUUCAUAAAAACAUUUCUACGGUUUUUUAUCUAUUCAUUUAUAUUUUGGUUCCUUGGUCGAUAUGGUUUUUCAUUAAUAUGGUUAUUUCUAAUUGCUUUUAUACAAACAAUAGAACGACGAUUUUAUUUAUUACGUCUUGAACGUAUAAAAUUAUUUCAAGAAUUAACAACGGAUAUACGUCCUACGAUUGAAAAACAUUUAAAAGAAUUUCCAUCAUGGAUAUCUUAUCCUGAUUUUGAUCGAUGUGAAUGGUUAAAUAAAUUAAUUGCACAAAUGUGGCCAAUUAUAUCGGAUUAUGUUCAAAAUCUGAUUAAAAAAACAAUUGAACCCGAAAUAAAAAAACAAAUUUCGGGUCUUUCAUUUGAACGUAUUGAUCUGGGAGAUUUUCCUCCACGUUUAGGUGGUAUUAAAAUUUAUACAGAUAAUAUUCGUUCGGAUGAAAUUAUUCUUGAUACAGAAUUUUUUUAUGGUGGUGAUAUGCAAAUUAAAAUGAAAUAUCAUAGUUUAAAAGCCGGAAUUAAAUCACUUUAUCUUCAUGGUGAAUUACGUCUUAUACUUAAAUCAAUUGUAUCAAAAAUACCAUUUAUUGGUGCAUUAGAAAUAUUUUUUCUUCGUACACCAACCAUUGAUUUUGAUCUAACAGAUAUUGCAAAUAUUAUUGAAAUACCCGGUUUACAUAAUUUACUUAUGUUAACAUUAGAACGUAUUUUACAAACAUUUAUCGUUACACCCAAUCGUUUAAUUAUUGCAUUUAUGAAUGAAAUUGAUAUCAAUCAAUUAAAAUUUCCUAAACCUGAUGGAAUUUUACGUAUUGAUAUAAUUGAAGCAAAAAAUUUACCAAAACUUGAUAAUUCAUUUAUCAUAACAAAACAUUCAAUUGAUGCAUAUGUGACAAUUAGCAUUGGACAAUACAAAUUCAAAACACAUACACAAAGAAAUAAUAAUCCAAAAUGGUAUGAAACAUUCGAAGUACCUGUGGAAGAAUCGAACACUCAAAAAUUACAGAUAUCAGUUUUUGAUGCUGAUCUUGGUACUGAUGAUUAUAUUGGUACAAUAAAUAUUCCUAUUGAAAGUAUUAAAGAUAAACAUGAUGUACUUGAUCAAUGGUAUGAUUUAAUUGGUACAAAAAAUUCAACAAUACAUAUUCGUAUGAAUUGGUUUUAUUUUUCAACGAAUCGAAAUUAUUUUCCAGAAAUUCAACAAAUGAAUCAAGAACAUAUUCAUUUAAUGUUAUCAAAAAUAUCUCAUACAUUAUCAACAUCAUUAUUAAUUGUUUAUAUUGAACGAAUCGAACAAUUACCAUCAAUUCAACAUGGUAAAAAUUUAGAACCAUAUCCAUUUUGUUUAAUUAAAAUUGAUAAUUAUGAAGAAAAAACUUCUAUUAUUAAAAAUUCGAUUAAUCCACGUUGGAUGAAAAGUUUUAUGUUUAUGCUUGUUAAUCCCGAACAAUCAUUAUUACAAAUAAAUAUAAAUGAUUCAAAUAAUAAAAAUCAUCUUAUUGGUACUGUUGAAAUUUCAAUAAAAAAUCUUAUGGAAGAAAAAGAUUGGAUUAGCAAUCGUUUUUAUCCAUUAAAAAAUUCUCCGAAUACAAAACUUUAUCUUAAAUUACAAUUACAAAUCAUGACAAAAUCUCAUCCUAAUAGAAAUCAAUCAGAUAUAAUAAGCGAUAUAACACCCUCUUCUGAUGAUACACAAUCGUAUAAUUCAAUAGAUAAUAAAAUGCAAUCAAAAAAAUCCAAAAUUCAAAUUCAUUUAAUUAACAAACAUAAUGAUCAACGGAUUUUAAAUCAACAUAAAUCUUCUCCAAUAAAAAAAUUAACUUUUUUUCAAACAUUAUUUUCAUCAUGUAUUAAAAAAUGUACGACAACAUCAUCAAUGAAUAAUAAUUUUAUUAAAACAACUUACGGCUUUUGGUGA